CAAAACAUAUUACAUAUGUCAUAUAUUAGUUUUGAUUCUUAAAUAAUAAAUACAUUUCUCCAAUCGUCAACAAAACAUCUUUUUACAAAAUAAUAUAUUUACAAGCGUUAACAUGGUCUCCAGUGAAGAAGAAGCAGACGUCAAAACUGCUGAUACUUUGGAGUGGGAUGUUGAUAUGGAAAUUCAAUUGUUUUACGCUAUGGCUAACCACAAGCCGGUCGGUAUAAACAAACACUUUCAAAUGGCUUGCAUCUGGGAAAAGAUGUCUAGUUCUAUUACUAAAGAAAUUACUACGCAUGAUAUUUGGAAACAUUUAGACACGUUGUAUGACAUGGCGAUGUUGGAUGACACGGAAUCUAUACCGUUUCCAAAUCACGAGAUGGCAUUCUGUUUACCGGAGAAUGAGUUCGGGAGUUUAAUUAAACAAAAAUGUAAAGAAACCAUAUUAGCUGAUGAUAGCGAAGGUAUAACACAUAGAGCUUUGUUUAAAAACGAUGGCAGAAGUCCAUCACCAAAAACAUCCACACCAAGAAGCAAUUCAAGAGGGACUGCAUCAAAAGACAACACACCUAAAGCUGGAAGGAAAGAUAGUAUAAGUGCUCUUGCUACUAAGACAAGAAAGGAGAGUGGUAGUUCACACGCCUCUACUGACACUCCAAGUAUUAAAUCGGAAAAGGAAUAUGACCGUAGACGGGAUUCAAGAGAUUCAAAUGCCUCAGGACCGAAAGAGACGACAAGCAGUCGGAAAUCAACAUCACAAAGAGAGAAGCCAGCUAAGUCUAAACUUAACUCUGUAGCAGCCUGGGAUUCCCCUGUCAUAGACGAGGAGGGCGGCUCGCGUCGCGGGCGACGGCGUGCAAAUACUUCAACCCCGCCUGCUACCACGCCAGCGAAACGGCGUCGCAUGUGACAUUCACACACACACUCCUACCACCAUUUCUUCUGAAGUUCCAUAGCCGUGAAUAUUUUGGUGGUGUACCAUAGACUUUAUAUUUUAAUUUAGGAUUAUAAUGACGUGUAUGUUAUUGUGAUUAAGCGAUUAUUUUGAAUAAAUUUGAUUUUAUAAA